UGACAGGCCCCUCCCAGCAUUGUCCUGGCACGGGUCACCUGCUGCGCUUGUUGUUGGGAGGCAGGACUGAGGUGAAGAUCUGCAUUAGAAGAGCCUUGCCAGCAGAUCGAGGGAGGUGAUCCUGCCCCUCUGCUCAGCCUAGGGGGAUGGUGCAGGGCAUGAUUCCAAAGGCACUGAGACCCAUGCAGUUCUACUUCUCCACUGUCUAUCAAGAAAUAUAUGUUGGUUUAGCAUUAACAGCUUAUACCUACUACAAGAUUUCAUAUGGGGGCAAAAAAACAUCAGGAAAUAAGUCCUCUGGUUCUGGCCAUCAUUAAAGAUCUCUGCUCUUCUUGGAAUAUGAAUUUGGCGGUUCAUCAUCUCUACUGCAAAUGAAGCGAGUUACAGCCAUAGGGAAAUGAAUGCUAGAAAUGAACCUGAUCCAUCUGUUGUAAUUGGAAAAUGAAUAAAUCCAUUGAGCAAAAAGUAA